UGACCUGGUGAAGAUAAAGAUGGCUGCUUCGGCGGCAACGGCGAGUUCUUCGGCCGGUUUAUGUCCAAAUUAUGCGGUCAUAUGUUCGUUUCUGGAGCGCUAUGGCGCGAUGUUGGACCUGCCGGAACUCACUUUCCCUCAGCUGGAGCGGUACCUGCAGGACACAUCUUCAGUCCCAAAGCUUCUGGUGGACCUCCAUGUGAAAUUGUUGAGGAAAAUUGGGAAGUCUGUGUCCGUGGAGCGAUGGGAGAAAUAUCUGCUGAAGGUCUGUCAGGACUUCAACUCCUCUUGGGCCUGGGAGCUGGAGGAGAAGGGCUACAAGUCCAUGAAGACAGAGAUCAAGACGGGAAUUCUCAAACACCUCUGCGAGUGCCAGUUUGACGAAAACAUGAAAUUCAAGAACGCCAUCAAUGAGGAAGAUCCAGACAAGAUGCGCCUGCAGCCGAUCGGCCGAGACAAAGACGGGCAGAUGUACUGGUACCAGCUGGACCAGGAUGACAACGUGCGUAUGUACGUGGAGGAGCAGGACGAUUUGGACGGCUCCUCGUGGAGAUGCAUCGUCAGAGACAGAAACGAUCUGGCUGAAGUUGUCGCGCUUCUGAAGACGCAAAUCGACCCUGAACUUUUAAAGAAGGAAAACAAACCCGAGGGAGAAGACAACAAAGAUGCUGUAAAAAAGGAGGACAGCACAUCAGACGAAGAUAAAGCCUCAGAUCCUGCAAAAUCUGUGACCAACGGGGAUAUGGAGCUGAAACCAGAACCCUCAGAGGUCAAGUCAACAGUCAAUGGUCAUGAAGUGAAGCCUGAUGCUCAACUUCAGUCUGUUGCUGUGGCGAAUCAGAUCAUCAAAGAAGAACCUAUGGAAACAUCUGAAAGCAAAACUGAUGAGACGGCGGUGGCUGAAAGUGUAACACUAAAGGAUGACAGGAGGAGCAACGUGGAGGAGAUGCAGCAGAAGAUGGAGCAGCAGGCUAAGAUCCCACUGAAGAAACGAGGGAUGAAGUUUGCAGAAGAUUUUGAAAAGAACAACAUUUUAGCCCAGAAUCAGCCGGCGUCUCAAAAAGAUCAUGUAAACGGGGAUAUACAGAUUCCUUCCUCUGAAAAUCGGACAGAAGAACAGAAAGAGGAGGCAUGUAUGGAGAAGAUUGUGCCGUCUUCAGAAAAAGAAAAGCAUCAGGAGAAGAUGGAGGUGUCACUACACAAUAGCAGUGAAAGGGAAACGAAAACAAAUUCAUCAGAGGAACCCACGCAGCAAAUGGACACAGAAAAUUCCUCCAAUUGCAGAGAAAAAGUGAAAUUGCCAGAGGAAACAACUGUGUCAGAAAAUGAAACAAAUUAUAUAGACAAAAGAGUAAACCAUGAGGCCAUGUCGGAAGGAGAAGAAAAAAAGAACAAAUUGACAUCACAGAGUCACAUUGAAGACUCAAAUAUGAAGACAGAUUGUGUAAAAGAAGCUCAACAAUCCGAAGCAGUGGGGUUGAAUGAAGCACAGGACAUAAACAAGAUCACACCAAGAGGUGAAGCUCAAGCCAAGUCCCCUAAGGGUGUAGCAGAGAAAUCAAAUAUUGAAACAAAGAAGCUGCCUUGUGACUUAAUGAUGAUGCAGAGCGAAGCCAAAAAGACAGAGAGUGGGUUGAAGAGGUCUGAUGGUGGGGCAGAGAAGUCGGAGGGAGAGGCCACUUGCCUUGAGAAGGGCCCGAAGAAGCCCGAAAGCGAGACAGCAAAGACAGAACUUGAUUCUAAAAAUCUGCAGAGCGAACCCAGUAAGGAGGUGAGCAAUGCCAAGAAUUUAGAGAGCAAGUCCAGUAAGGCUGUGAACAAAGCCUAUAUGGCAGACAGUGAGGCCACCAAGGUGGAGGGCGAGGCCACCAAGGUGGAGGGCGAGGCCACCAAGGUGGAGGGCGAGGCCACCAAGCUGGAGGGCGAGGCCACCAAGCUGGAGGGCGAGGCCAAGAUGUCGCGGUGCGAAGCCAAGAAACCAGAGAGCGAAGCCACUAACCUGGAGACCCAGUCCAAGAAGCCAGAGAGUGAGGCCCCCAAGGUGGAGCGCGAGACCUCCAAGGUGGAGCGCGAGACCUCCAAGGCGGAGAGCGAGGCCUCCAAGGCGGAGAGCGAGGCCUCCAAGGCGGAGAGCGAGGCCUCCAAGGCGGAGAGCGAGGCCUCCAAGGCGGAGAGUGGAGCCAAGAACCCGGAGAGCAAGGCCUGCAAGGCGGAGAGCGAGGCCUCCAAGGUGGAGGGCGAGGCCUGCAAGGCGGAGAGCGAACCCAAGAACCCGGAGAGCGAGGCCUGCAAGGCGGAGAGCAAGGCCUCCAAGGUGGAGGGCGAGGCCUGCAAGGCGGAGAGCAAAGCCAAGAUCCCGGAGAGCGAACCCAAGAACCCAGAGAGCGAGGCAUCGAAGGUGGAGUGCAAAGCCAAGAGCCAGGACAGUGAGGCCUCCAUGGCGGAGAGUGAAGCCAAGAACCCAGAGAGCCAGGCCUCCGAGGCGGAGAGUGAGGCCAAGAACCCGGAGAACGAGGCAUCCAAGGUGCAGAUCGAGGCCUCCAAGGGGGAGAACGAGGCCAAGAAGACAGAGAGCGAGGCCAAGAAGAGUGAGGCAACCAAGGCAGAGAGCAAAGCCAGGAACCCAGAGAGCGAGGCCACCAAGUCGGAGAACAAAGCCUCCACGGUGGAGCGUGAAGCCAAGAACCCGGAGAACGAGGCCUCCAAGGUGGAGAGUGAAGCCUCCAAGGCGGAGAGCGAGGCCAAGAAGAGUGAGGCAACCAAGGCAGAGAGCAAAGCCAAGAACCCAGAGAGCGAGGCCACCAACGCGGAGAGUGAAGCCUCCACGGUGGAGAGCGAAGCCAAGAACCCGGAGAACGAGGCCUCCAAGGCGGAGAGCGAGGCCAAGAAGAGUGAGGCAACCAAGGCAGAGAGCAAAGCCAAGAACCCAGAGAGCGAGGCCACCAAGGCGGAGAGCGAAGCCUCCAUGGUGGAGAGUGAAGCCAAGAACCCGGAGAACGAGGCCUCCAAGGUGGAAAGCGAGGCCUCCAAGGCGGAGAGCGAGGCCAAGAAGAGUGAGGCAACCAAGGCAGAGAGCAAAGCCAAGAACCCGGAGAACGAUGCCACCAAGGCUGAGAGCGAGGCCACCAAGGCUGAGAGCGAGGCCACCAAGGCUGAGAGCGGGGCCACCAAGGCUGAGAGCGGGGCCACCAAGGCAGAGAGCGAGGCCACCAAGGCAGAGAGCGAGGCCACCAAGGCAGAGAGCGAGGCCACCAUGGCUGAGAGCGAGGCCACCAUGGCUGAGAGCGAGGCCACCAAGGCAGAGAGCGAGGCCACCAAGGCAGAGAGCGAAUCCUCCACUGCAGAGAGCGAAGCCUCCACUGCAGUGAGCAAGGCUGAGAAAUCAGGCAGCGAGGCCAAUAAGGUGGAGUGCGUGGCAAAGAAGGUGGAGUGCGAGGCAGAGAGCUGUGAGAAUGACACGAAGAAGUCCAAGAGCGAGGCCCACAGUGUUGAAGAUACCAUGGUGUCAGAACACGAGGUCACAAAGCCGAAAACUAACUGCGAAAAAUCUGAAACUAGCACCAAAAAGUGUGAAACCAAGGAACUGGAAAGGGACUCCAAAAAGCUAGAGAACCUGGAACAGUCCAGAGGUGAUACCCAGCUAUCCCACAGAGAAGAAAGCAACACCAUGGCAGCUGAUGAGAGCAAGAGACUUGAAGGUGUGUCUGUCUUGUCAGGGAAUGAAUCUUUGCAGUUUGAGAGCAGUAAACUUGAUGAUGCAUCUAAAGAAUGUGAAAUGACAGAGGAACCUGGCAGUAGUAGAAAAACCUCCGACAGGAGUCCAAGGGACAACCAGAGUCAAGAGUCAACAGACGAAACUGUGUGUUCUGUAAAAAAGUCGACUGAGAUUCUGGCGCUGGACAAGAAAGAAGUCGAGGAGCCAAAAGAAAUCAAAACAAAAGAGUCAAACAAGGAUGAAAACAGCAAAAAGGCUUCUGAUCCAACAAAUGAACCAACAGAGAAACCCGAGGAUGACAAAAACGAAACUAUUAAAACGAUAAGAGCUAAUGACCUCGGUAAGGCUGAGGAGAGUAAAAAUGAAGAAAGUCAGAUUCAAGAAUUGACAGAAUCAGCAAGCAGCGGGAAGGACCCCAAAACAAAAGAUGAAGUCGAAGAGUCUUCUUCAUACGUCACCAAAGAUCUUUCUGCAGCAAAAGUUGAAGAGUCCCCUAAAGAUGAGGAGAAGAGGGGAAAGGGUGAGGUGGAGGAGGAAAGUUCUGAAGUGAAGAAAGAAGUGUCAAACAGUGACAACGCCCUGGUGCAAGUGAAACGUCGUAAACGGAAGCGUGCGGCGCAUCGCAGGACCACCGAGCUACAGCGUGAUGAGAAGCAGGACUCGGAGUCUGAUUCUGGGGGGAGAUCGCUGCGCAGAUCCCCGAGGAUCUCCAGACCAACAGUGAAAGCAGUCGAGAUUGGUGACAAAAAACAGGAGAAACCUCAGCCAGCGGAGAAGAAGAGGAAGGAGAAAGAUGAGGAGGAAGAGGAGGAGGAGGAAGAAGAAGAAGAAGAGGAGGAGGUGGUGGUCCAGAAGAAACCUCGAGAGAAGAAGGUGGAUCAAGAGGGUCAGGCCAAACCAAAGGGGCGAAAGAGACGCAAGACUUGCUGGUCCAACACUCGCUCGCGGCGUAAAAAGAAAGGAUCAGAAGAGGAUGGUAGCGGCCAAGAUGAGAGCGAGGAGGAGAGUGAGGAGGAGGAAGAGGAGGACGACAGCGAUGAAGACUACAAGGUGGAGCGCAGGAGGAAGAGGCGGAACCGGAACCGAGAGAAGCGCAACUCUGACUCAUCGACGUCUUCUGAUGAUGACCUUCCGCCCAAUGAUGACCCAUGCAAACACUGUGGUCUACCCAACCAUCCUGAGCUGAUUCUUCUAUGUGACUCAUGUGACAACGGCUACCACACCGCCUGCCUGAGGCCGCCACUCAUGGUCAUCCCGGACGGAGAGUGGUUCUGCCCGCCAUGCCAGCAUAAACAACUGUGCGACAGACUGGAGGAGCAGCUGACCAACCUGGAUGCUGCACUGAAGAAGAAGGAACGCGCAGAGAGAAGGAAGGAGCGUCUGAUCUAUGUAGGAAUCAGCCUGGAAAACAUCAUCACCCCGUCGGUGGAGCCUGAAGAGCUGAAACCCGAGGUGGUGAAGGAGAAGAAGGAGUCCAAGAAGAGCAAGAGCUGGGGUCGGAGGUCCACCAGAGCCAAGAAGACCAUCAGCUACAGAUUUGAUGAAUUUGACGAAGCUAUCGAGGAGGCCAUCGAGGAAGACAUCAAGGAAGCAGAAGGAGGAGGAGCGGGGCGAGGCAAAGACAUGUCCAACAUCACGGGCCACAGAGGGAAGGACAUCUCCACCAUCCUGCAGGGGGAGGAUGGGAAAGAGAACGGCAAGCCGGCGCCACACAGCGCCGCCCAGCGCAAGAAGAAGCGACGGCGACUGAACGACCUGGACAGUGACAGCACGGUGGACGAAGAGGAGAGUGAGGAGGAGUUUUGUCUCAGCGCCAGCUCUGAGGAAGAGUUUGUUGUCUCCGACAAUGGGUCGGAGCCGGAGACGGAAGGUCAUUCCAAUGAGAGCGAGGAGGACAGCGACGGGAGUCAGCGUCUGUCUCAGCAGGGCAGCAGGUGGACGCAGAGUCAGCGCCGCAGCUCCCGGAAGAGACGAAGACCGAAGGGCUACUCCGACGAUGAGGAAGAGGAGACGGACGAGGAUGAGGAGGAAGAUGAGAUUGUGACCGAAGGCUCCAGCGAGUUCAGUGACAGUGACCUGGACGUGAGCCGGCGACGUUCCCGAAGGAGUCAGAAGAAAGACGUGAACUACUGCGAGACAUCAGAGUCUGAAGGCUCUAACAAGAGACGGAAGGACAAACUGAAGCCUGGACGACUGCAGGACAGUUCGGAGAGCGACGCGAGUUUCUCCAGAGACACGGAUGACUCGGCGGAUCGCAAGACUCGGCGGCGUGACGACUCAUCGGAGGAAGACUCCCACCAGAAGCGCAGGAAGCUGGCGCUGAAGCGCAGGCGAGCGUCGGAGGCCAGCGACUCGGAUUCAUCAGAGGAAUCAUCAGAGGACGACCGGCCGGUCCGGAAAAGAGUCAACCGGAUCGACUCCGACGACUCGGAGGAGGAGGAAACGCCGAAAGAGAAGAAGACUGUUGAAAAGGACGUGGAGGAAGUGGGCACCGUUGUGUCGAAGGUGAUGAACCAAUCCGAUCCAGCAGGGACUCUGACCUCCAAUGGGCAGGCGGUUAAGAACUCCAGCACUCCAAGUCUAGUCCCCAAUUUGGACGCACCCAAGACUACGAUUCCUGCCGCCAAUGGUCUCGGCACCACAGAGGUGGCGGCGCAGGAGGACGACGAGGACGACCUGUUGGGCGUCACGGACCUGGUGGACUAUGUCUGCAACAACGAGGACUUGUGAAGACAAGUGUUUCUCCGUGGUAUUUUUAUAACGUUAUUAUUCCGACAAGAUUUUAUCUCUGCCAGCUCUCUGAGCACUGGCGCUGAAUUGUUCAGAUUUGCCACCAUUUUGUGUCGUCAUCGCUAGCAUCUACGUGUUUCACCCACUCAACCAGGAAGUAUCAUUCCAUUUUACGUUCCAGAGUAUUUCGUGUGAAUCUCGCCGAGUCGACGAUGCUGAUCUGAAAUUGUUUUUCUUUUUCAACAUUGCAACUUUGUCGGUUUUAGGGAAUUCAUGCUCAUAUUUCCUGUGGUUGAUCGUAUGACCCUUGGGGAGUGACUGAAGCAUUUGUAAAUGAAUUACUCAGUUAUUCGCAUCCUCAAGUCAUGUGACUUUUGUGCUUUUAUUUUUCUAACAAUGUAUUUUUUUGUACAUUUAAACAUAUCUGUUGUAAAGUUUUUGUACAUUUUAGUCAAGCAGUUCGAUCUUCCCGCACACGCCGACCUCAACUUUCUUCAAGAUUUCGACUUUUAGAACCUCACUCUGAGAAAAUUGUUUUACGGUAAAACGGUGACUUGCUCUUCUGUGUAUCGGGACAUAUAGCUGUAAACUAUUUGGACACUUUUAAAAGGAAUAAAUUGGUAAAGGUUUUGUAGCAAACAAAACAAAAACCAGGUAGCUUACAUCGUAACCUGACACGCGCUGAUUGGAUGAAGUGUCUUUGUGUAAAAUAAGUUUUGAACCACUAUUUAUUCAGAAUCCACAGAACAUCAGUGACCGGUGGACGGUUCCGACAAGGGGACGCUCCAGGAGAACUCGCCUGAGGAGAGGAGACGUCGGUGCCAACGACCGAAAACGUUGGACUUGUAAAAACUUUGUAGGCUGCUCGUUGUGUUUUGUCUUUUUGUUUUUCUUAUGAAAUUUCUCUUGUACAUUUGUCAUAAUAAAAGUGGCCCUGACCUGACAUCACUGAAAUCUUUGACACCCUCUAUUGACCCUUAGUUUUUCAUUCCUUCAUUCUUUUUUUUCAGUUGACUUUUGAACUUAAAAAAAUGCAAACAACUUUUAAGAAAUGGCUUAUAUUUUGGGGGGUUUAAAAACGUUUAAAUCCUUUCAUGUAUUUCAUUCUGAUUGAACGUGAUGUCCCUUUUUUCUACUGAGA